UGCCGAGUACGUGAAGCGCUUUUCUACUGUCUGCAAGUUCUCCAUCACUCCCAAGCACAUUGAGCUUCUAUACAAAGGCGAAUGGUGCACUGUGGAACUCAUUACCAACGUAACAAAUAUGAUCAAAUUCACGACUGGAUACAAGAAAGAUGGCUGUGAACUGGAUAAAUGCGCCCGUAAGGAAGCUAGCUUUGAGGAUGGCUUUUCAAAUCUCCUGCCAUUCGCCUACAGCAGAAACAACAGUGACAUUAGAUACUUCACAAAGGAUCUGUUCUAUGAUGUAAACAACAUGUGUGCUGAUAAAGACCUGUGCGGGGGACGCUGCAUGAUUCAGACCUUUCUGGAAGUCUCAUGGAGCAAAUGCAAUAAUUUUGUUUAUGCUCACACCCAUUUAAUUGGUGAAGUUAAACCGGGCGAGAAAGGUGAAGUUAAACCGGGCGUACUGAAGACGGAAUUCAAUCUGGAGAUAAAUGAUAAGAGCUUCAAGAUGAUAUUUGACGAUGGAUCAAUUAAGGAGUUUAACAACGAAAUCAUUAAAUGCGUUCCACGAAACGAAGCUUUUGUCAAACCAAAAACAUGGAGCAUAAAAAAUGAAGACGAAGAUCUGAAGGAUAAACAUCUGCUCGUCUUCCAUCUACUUCCACAAACGGCUUCAAUAAGAUACAAAGAUGGCAAGCACAAAGGAAAACUUGGGGAAGGCCGACCAAAAUGUAGUCUCUUCAUUCACUUUGAUAGGCCAGACUACGAAUUUCUUCAGGUCGACCCUCAAACAACGACUACCAGCACAACUACAACAACACCCAAAACAGAACCAGUUACCACUCCACCAGAAGCUACUAGUAGCCAAACAACUCCACCAGAGCAAAAGACUACGCAAAAAGUUCAAGAAGCAGCGCCCACCGAAGGAGGAAGUAAUGCCUGGAUUUGGAUUAUUGUGAUUUUUGUGGUGAUUGCUGUGAUUGGCGUCGCUGUCGGAUUCUACUUCUACAGAAUAAAUAAAAAAAUGAAAGAAGAGGACGAGAAAGAGAGCACCAAGAUUGCGAAAAAAUCCAGCAAUGAGGUUAAGAAGGACAAAACUCAGCCCCCGAAAGACUCAGCUCCGAAGGAGGAAUCGACUUCAAAGGACCCGGAGCAGAAGAAGGACUCGGCUUCGAAGAAGGACCCGGCACCGGAUAAGUCAGACGCUGCAAGGAGCAAACAGGCAGGUACGACAUCGAAUAUUCCAACGGAUAUGAUGUCUGAGGCUUAA